AUGCUUUCAAACUCAACGAAUUUACCAAAUCAGAAAAGAGAUUUGAAGGCUUUUUUUGGUCUAGCAGGGUGGAAACUCAAGACUGCUUUAACUAGACCCUAUUACGGGACAGGUGAGAGUAGUGCAGAUCCGAGAUUGAGUACUAACGAGCAAUACAUCGAAGCCCACCGAGAAUCUUUGAGAGAUGAUUGGUGGGACCGAAGUACAGAGGCACUUUUACUUUUAGAAGAAUAUGCAGAUUCUUUCGCCAGAAAACUUUCUUUCCAACAGCGUAUUGAGUUUCGCAAGUAUGACAUCGCUUCAUUGUACAAUCAUCUGCCGAGAGCAAGAUUGCUGGAAAACCUUAAGGAGGCCUACAAAUAUCGGGCGUACGAUGAUUUUGUCCAAUGGUUCAAGAAAGCCGUGGAUGAUAUGGAUGGACAACUGAUUAAGAUUAGGAAGGCAAGACAGAGACUAUUUGACUACGACAGAGAUGAAAAGACUAAAAGGGGCAUUCAAAUUGACUAUAGGGAGUUUGGGUUUGUUAAUUGGGGUGUAAGUGAGCCAGACAUGAGAGUGAGACUUACCAUUGACAAAGCCAGAGAAAUGAGGAUAUAUGAUGUGAAGGAAACAUACUACCCAUAA